AACUUUUUAAAAAAAAUGCAGAAUGCAAAAAAGGACAGUCUGCUAUCAAGAAUAGUAGAGGAAUAUCAAAAUAAUAACAAUAAAUCGAUUGGAAACUGUUAUGAAGACGAUGAUGACGAUAGCAAUAAUGAUUUAGGUGAAAGAGAACUAGACUACUACCUAGGCGUCAGAGAGAAAGUCACUUAUUGGAGAGACCCAGUAGGAAAGGAACAGAUAAGAAAGGAUUAUCUUCUCUACCACUGUGGCGUUACUGAAGAAGAUUACGAAAAAAACUAUAAAAUAACAAAUCUCCCUAAGCCUUCCUACCUCACCCAUCCGAGGCUAAAACAAGUGCCUUUUAAAAUUCACAGGAAACACAAGAAAGUAAACAGUUUCAAAGAGGGUGUAGCUGAAUCAUGGGUCGAGAAGAAGGGAAUUUUCAAAUUAUUUGGAAAUAGACGAGACAAUGACACAACCUCAGAUAGUUACAGUGAAUGUGAUUCAAACGACGAAUCGAAGGACGUGAAUGAUAUUGAUUACGAUGAUAAAGAUGACGACGAGGAAAUUAUUUUAAAUAUAACUGAUAACUUUAACGGCCUCAGUACUAUGGAAGCGUUGAAUAAAUUAUUGGGUGUUCGGAUAAAAGAAGUAUCGGAGGGAAGACCCUGCGACAACUGCCCGGAACUUUGUCCGGGAUUCAUAUCACACUCUUGGAGGAAAACCUGCAAGUCGUGUGGAUGUGAUCGGCUCCAGCAUUCCGUUUACCAUGAAGAGCUUGGAUCGGUGCGCGACCGGCUCGGUUUGCGGGAGUCUCGCGGGCACAUUUCCUAUGACAACAGUCCGCCCGGCCUCACCGCUAAACAGACUGAACUAUAUUGGACAGCCUUGGCUGAACGAACACCAAACGCAGUAGGUGGCGCCACUGGCCCCGCUGCGUGGCGUGCGUGGCGGACCAAAGCCUUAGCUACGCAGCUUCCAAAGCAAGAUUUAUCGCUGGCACACUGUAGGCACAUAGACGACACCCACCGUAAACAAUUUGAAGACUUCGUAGCUGCACGAAACGAAAUUGCGUUAGAUAUUGGACUUGCAUGUCAACAUCACGGUCCUUCCGUCGAAUGUAUGGGUUGUACUAAGACGAUUCGUAAUGGCAAUGUUGUAAUUCAGGCACCACGUAUUAGUGAAGAGGCCUUAUUUCAUCCAGCAUGCUUUACGUGUUCUGAAUGCGACGAGUUGCUCGUCGAACUUGCCUAUUGUGCUUUGGACGGUCGUCUCUACUGUGUUCGACAUUAUGGAGAGCGCCUCAAGCCUAGGUGUCAUGCUUGUGAUGAGCUUAUUUUCAGUGGCGAAUACACCAAGGCGAUGAACAAGGACUGGCACAGUGGUCACUUCUGCUGCUGGCAGUGUGAUGAGUCCCUCACCGGACAACGCUACGUGCUCAGAGAUGAGCACCCCUACUGCAUCAAGUGCUAUGAGAGCGUCUUUGCCAAUGGUUGUGAGGAGUGCAACAAGAUCAUCGGCAUCGACUCUAAGGACUUGUCGUACAAAGACAAGCACUGGCACGAAGCUUGCUUCCUCUGCGCCAAGUGCCGCGUGUCGCUGGUAGACAAGCAGUUCGGCUCCAAACUUGACAAGAUCUACUGCGGUAACUGCUACGAUGCCCAGUUCGCCAGCCGCUGCGAUGGCUGCGGCGAGGUGUUCCGUGCUGGAACCAAGAAGAUGGAAUACAAGACGAAGCAGUGGCACGAGAAGUGUUUCUGCUGUGUUGUGUGCAAGAACCCGAUCGGCACCAAGAGCUUCAUCCCACGAGAGCAGGAAAUCUACUGCGCCGGCUGCUACGAGGACAAGUUUGCUACUCGUUGCGUCAAGUGUAACAAGAUCAUAACGCAAGGUGGUGUGACAUACAAACACGAGCCUUGGCAUCGCGAGUGCUUCACAUGCACGAACUGCAACACGUCGCUCGCCGGAGAACGCUUCACGUCUCGCGAUGAGAAACCCUACUGCGCCGAAUGCUUCGGAGAGCUGUUCGCUAGGCGCUGCACUUCAUGCACCAAGCCAAUCACUGGUAUCGGCGGCACUCGCUUCAUCUCGUUCGAAGACCGUCACUGGCACAACGGCUGCUUCAUCUGCGCACAGUGCAAGACCACACUCGUCGGCAAGGGAUUCAUCGUCGACGGACAGGACAUCAUCUGUCCGGAGUGCGCGAAGCAGAAGCUCAUGUAAAUACACAGCUUGCUCUAACGCCUCCAUUCUCUCACUAAUGACUAUUCGGACAUAAAUCCCAACCAGAUGUUUCCUAAGGAUAUUAACGGACAUUGCCAUAACAGCUUCGCUUUGAGAGACUCGUGACUAAACAGUUUUUGGUCUUGUGCAGCGACAAGACAAUCCUACCGAUAGUCGCAAACGCGAGAGACUGGUGCGCGUUCAGAACGCAGGGAAUACCUAGCGACCAACUUUUCGACCUUGUCGACGAAACCAAAUUUCGUAAGGUCAAUCUAUAGUCACUCGUUACUUCAAGUUGUUGACGAUAUUUUUUAUACAAAAACGAGAAAAUCACAAAAAAAUAAUAUAUAUAUGUAAAUGCACAAAUAAAAUAUCUAAUUUCGCUUUUUUUACUCGAUUAUUACUUAAGGUGUUUAUAUAUUUUGUUUUAAUUAUUGUUACUAAUAACAGCCGUUUUGGGAACCAGUAUGUAUAUUUAUAAGUAGCAGUAUAUUAUAUAAUUGUGCUAAUUGCCAUAUAAUUUCGCUUUGGCUGUUGUAUUAGUCCCUUGGGUAUGACUUAUAUUUGUCAAUUUACCUAGUGCAAUUCACACGAUGCCUUAAUAACAUAUCUAAGUGAAUUUCAAAAUAUUUUUGUUUUAAUCAUUAUUAUCUAUGCCAAGACAUCAUAAACUUAAAACGCCUAGUGUUGCCAGGUGUUUAUAAGUCGUUUUUUAAAAUGAUUGUUACUAUCAAAUAAGUGCUUGUCAUUGUUUAAACUGCGUAACAUAGUAUAAUAAGUGUAAUAAAUAAAAUUACCUACAAAGUAAUGUAUGUCUAUAUUUAAGUAUUUAUUUAUGAGCACGCACUUAUGAGAGGGAUCGCCGACCAUUUAUGUAAUGAUGUCGAUCGUACUGUGAGAUUUGAAACGUGUAGUGCUGCCAUACUCUCCAUCGGACGAUAGCUUCCUAACACUAAAUUAUUAAGUGACGUUAUGUCGUCUAGUUUUUACUAAUAAAAUAAAAAAUAAAAUAUUUUUGUUCUCUAAUGGGAACCACUCGUUACAAUAAUGUAAUUGAAUGUUAUAUCUAUUUUUAAAUGAUAAUAAACUAUUUUUUUAGACGUAGAUUUGUAUUUUAAGAGGAUAACAUCUGUGUUUUGAGAUCGCAGUUGCGGAACGACCACGAAAAAUGUCAAGGGAACACUUUGUAAGGGUAAUCGUUAAGGGAUAAAUUAUUAAAAUGUUGAUAAAAUUAUUAUUAAUUUAUGAUUAAUAUACACCUUGAAAUUGCUUAGUUGUGUGAUCUGAUCUAAUAAUAAUUCUUGUAUCUAUCAAUAGAUUGUAUAAACUAUGAAACUGAAUUAAAUGAUCGAAAUAA